UCGGCGUAGAAAUUAUGUUAUACGUUUAUGAGAUAAUCUUUAACCUAUUCGAUAUUUGCUACUCGAAAAAGGCUUUAGUUAUGGUUAUGGCAUGGUGUAGAGAAUUAGGUAAAAUUAUCUCGUUACACAGGAUGGCGUCCCUUUUUCUCCGAUUUUGUAUUUGGGUUCUCCAAGAUAUCUCGCGAGAAUAUUUGGAAACCCCUGUUUUUGAGCAAGGAAAGACGAAAUAUAAUAAUUAAAUUAAAUUAAAAAACGGAAGAAAACAACAAGAAGCGGACGAAUUUCGGCGUUUCCAAGAAUUUUUGAAUGCCAAAAAUAGUCUCAUCUUUUCAUUUUUCUGAUCGUCACCGGCAUAUUUAAAGAAACUGUAGCCCUGUCAGAAGUGCUCUGCUUCUGCUGAGAUUUGAUUCAUACAAGGAAGGAAUAUAUAUACAGAGAAGAAAACAACGGACAGAGUUUAAGAUUCUCUCUUUUUGUUUAUUAAUUCAAACCCAAAUAUCUCAUUGACUUUAUGAUCACAUAUUUAUUUAUUCCUGUUGAAUUUCAUUAAGUAAUGGCUUCUUCUUCUCCAUCAUAAUGUAAAUUAUACAAAUUUGAUUUCGGUCUCAUAUAAUCAGUAAAUAUCUCUCUGUUUCUUCAUUUCAAUUUCUAGUUUGAAUCAAAAACAAUUUGUUAUUUAGUUGUUAAUGCCGAGUUUGUCGAAGAAAGGUCUGCAAUUCUAGAAGAGAUGACUCUGAGAGAAGGAGGAGACAAUAAGAAGAAGAAGUCCUUUAUCCCCAAAUUAUUUUCCAGCAGAGAGAAGAAGAAGGACAAUAGAAAUCCUUAUGAUAAUUCCUCCUCAGCGCCGUACGAAAGGUGCCAAACUUUCCCACCCGACUCCUCGGUUGCGAAUAAAUGCUAUUCAGCAAUCCAGUCUGCAUCAAGGUUUAGGAAUUUGAGUUUUAGUGACUUCCCUUCUCCAAUGACGAAUAUCUUGGACACUGAUUCCUACAGAGUGUUUGUAGCAACAUGGAAUGUAGGAGGAAAGACUCCCCACAGUGGCAUGAAUCUGGACGAAUUUCUUCAGGUCGAAUAUCAAGCAGACAUUUACGUUUUGGGGUUUCAAGAAAUAGUCCCCUUAAAUGCUGGAAAUGUGCUAGUUAUAGAAGACAACGAGCCUGCUGCUAAAUGGUUAACAUUGAUCAAUCAGUCAUUGAACACACCAGGGGUUAACGAUGUGAAUAACCCAAGCACUUCCUCUGACUACAAUUUUUCCUUUUCUCAAUCUUCAAAACCAAAAGCAUCGACCCCUAGAGAUUCAAAAAACAAACUCUUCUUCCAGAAACCAUCCCUUAAGACAUUUAGCAAGAACUUUAGGACAGUGAAAAGGAGAUGGCUCAAAACGUGCAACUGCACGCCUGAUUCAGAAAGGAAGUAUAGUAAGGAGUCCUGCUUUAAAUGCCAGCAACCUGAAGUUAGCCAAGAGACUUCUUCAUCGGAAGAGGAAGAUAACUCAAAUAGUUUCACGGUGACGGAUAUUACGGCUGUUUCUAGCAAUAACCAUCUUAAGUAUAGCCUUAUUGUGUGCAAACAAAUGGUUGGUAUCUUCCUUACUGUUUGGGUGAGGAAGGAGCUUGUUCAGUACAUAGGUCACAUGAGAGCCUCAUGUAUUGGAAGAGGAAUUAUGGGAUACCUCGGAAAUAAGGGUUGUAUAUCUGUUAGCAUGUCUUUGCAUCAGACAACACUAUGCUUCGUUUGCAGCCACUUAGCUUCAGGAGAGAAAGAAGGUGAUGAACUUAGAAGAAACUUGGAUGUGAUAGAAAUACUAAGAAACACCCAGUUUCGAAAGAUUUGUAAAGCACCCAAUAGUAAAAUGCCUGAAAGAAUUGUUGACCAUGAUCGGGUCAUAUGGUUGGGGGACCUGAAUUACCGGAUUGCAUUGAGUUACUCAGAAACGCGAAAGCUUCUGCAGGAAAAUGACUGGGACACUCUUUUCGAGAAGGAUCAGCUUAAAAUUGAAAGAGAAGCAGGGAGAGUAUUUAGAGAGUGGAAGGAAGGAAAGAUUUACUUUGCUCCCACAUACAAGUAUUCCAACAAUUCAGAUGUUUAUGCUGGAGAGACUAUAACAUCAAAAAAGAAACGGAGAACUCCUGCAUGGUGUGACCGAAUACUAUGGCACGGAACUGGGAUAGAGCAAUUGUCUUAUAUACGUGGAGAAUCUAGGUUCUCUGAUCACCGCCCAGUCUGUUCUGUUUUCUUAAUGGAGGUUGGGAUUCUUGACGGAAGAUCAAAGAAAGAAUCACCUAAUUCUAACAGUAACAUGAGAGUUGAAGUUGAAGAACUCUUACCUCCAAGCAGUAGAUUCUUAAGUAACAGGUAGUAAACCAUUGUCAACGCGAGAAGGAACUGGUCUGAUCUUUUUCGCCCACAAGAGUGAGUGAAGAAAAGAAAAGGCACCAAAUGAUUCUUUACAAGUUAGCGUAGGUUGAACAAUCUGUAUAGUACAUGAUACAAACGUGAAGGGGUAAGAUUCGUAGAGUUGAUCAAGUCUUUUACAAUAGGAUUUUCUUUUAUUCAUCAACAUUUUGAUUCAUUUCUGUAUUUACUUAAACAUCUUUGCACCAUGUGUGUUCUUUUGCAGCAAUCUAAAAUCUACAAAAGCUGGUGGAAAAACUAAAACCGACAAAAGAAAAUCAUACUAUUUUUUUUAUAUAUAUUUUAUCAGUUCCAUUAAAGAUCUUUCUACAGAACGUUAAAAUUCCACCAUACUACAAAAGUUAUGAAACGCCUGUUGCACAGUAUUUUUUAAAUUGAAUGAAACACCAGUUCUGUACAAAAUUUGAAAAGUUCGUAUGAUUAAUGCCUGUUACACAAA